GUUGAUUUAAGCGACUCCACCCGGUUUAGUUAUUGCGUACUUUUGUGUAUGACACAUAAUAAUUGGGGUCGUAAAGUUACUGCUUUUGUUGGUGAUUUUCAAGUACUGUUACUUUCGUAUUGAAAAUGACGUGACGGUUGUGUGCUCUUGAAAACGGCUAGAAGGUGGUUGCGAGUUUGACAGCAUCAAAACAUAAAACCAGAACAUCUAUUGUGAGAGUGUGAAGGAGUGGACCCCUAUGACCCCAGUAUGACCAUGGAGGAUGAUAAUGACACGUCUUCUGUUGUGUCGUUUGCACUUCAUGUAGUGCUUUUCCCCAUUCUAGAUGAGCUUGAGAAAAUUGACCUGUCUGCUGCGCAGACACUGAGGGCAGCGUUUGAAAAAGCGGAGAAACAGAACCCCGGAAUAAGUCAGGACAUUAUUAGUGGAAUACUCGAUGCAAGAUUGGCCGAUGUGAACCUAACAGAGUGCCUGCUCAAACUUGCUGCCCAUGACAGGGAAGAAUACACAUUGAGACGGCCGGAGAAGGAGUUUCAGAUUCUCAACAAGCAAGCCAAGGAACUGAAGAAAAUCCUGGCAAGGCUCCCCAACGAGAUUGGUGACAGGCCGAAGUUUCUACAAACAAUCAAGGACGUCGCAAGUGGAAUCAAAGAUUUAUUAGAAGCUUUGAAUAAACUCAUCAGGGAGCACGGAGGAAAUCGACUUAAAGAUCGUAAAAAGGUGCUGGAGUCGCACAAGAAAGAAUUCAUCAGCUCCUCAAAGAACUUCAGCGACACACUCAAGGUAUACUUCAGGGACGGCCACAUCACCAACGUCUACAAGAGCGCCAACCAGCUCGUCAACGACACAAAUACAAUCUUGAAGAUGCUGAAAAGUGUCGGGAAUUGAUGGUGUGAAAACAAAUGGGAUUCAGGGUUGGGGAUUGGGAGGCUGGGA